AUGCUCCAGCCGGGGCUGCUGCCAGGCCGCGCUGCCGGAGGCGGCUCCGCUCACCGACUUCGGGACGUGGUUCACCAUCGAGGACAACCCCAUGUGGCAGACCAACCCGUGCACCUACGCCAUGGUGGUCGAGAGCGACUGGUACCGCUUCUCCACGCGCCGGACCUGUACGGCGUCGAGGUGCUGCCCAGGAGGUACCCGAGGGGCGUCCCCUUCGUGCUCGACUUCUCCAUCCGGAACGGUGCAUGCCCGGGGAAAGGCCAGAAACCACCUCCGGACUACGCCUGCGUCAGCGGCAACAGCUAUUGUGCCAACGCGACUGGUGGUGCUGCCCAUGGCUAUGUCUGCAGGUGCUUGGAACACUACGAUGGCAACCCUUACAUCGCCAAUGGAUGCCAAGGUGUACUAAGCCUUAAUUCGUACCAGUAUCUCUUUUUUACUCCAGAUCUCAAACUUUUCUUGGUGUUGCGAAAACCAGAUUUCAAACCUUUAACCUUUUUUGUUUUGUCUUCAGACAUCGACGAGUGUAAGCUCCGAAAACUGAAUCCUGAGUUGUACCCUUGUUCGAGUGAUGGGAUCUGCAAGAACAGGCUGGAAGGCUAUGACUGUCCAUGCAAACUCGGAAUGAAAGGCGACGGUAUAAAAGGAACUUGCACCGAUAAAUUCCCCCUGGUAGCACAGGUGAUUGUGGGUGGAAUAGGUGGCAUUUUUAUCAUUGCGGCUAUAUCAUUCCUUAUUCUUCUUCGCAAAGAGAAACAAAAGACAAGAGAGUUUUAUCAAAAGAACGGCGGGCCUACGUUAGAGAAGGCAAAGUUCAUAAAACUUUUCAAAAAGGAGGAGCUCAAGCCAAUUUUGAAGAGUAGCAAUUUCAUUGGAAAAGGUGGCUUUGGCGAAGUUUAUAAGGGCUUUCUUGAUAAUGAAGAAGUUGCGGUAAAGAAGCCAAUUAGUGGUACUAUGCUAGAGAAUGAACAUUUUGCAAACGAAGUCAUCAUUCAAUCUCGAGUAAUCCACAAGAACAUCGUUAGGCUCAUAGGUUGUUGCCUAGAAGUUGAUAUCCCGAUGUUAGUCUAUGAGUUUCUCUCCAAUGGUAGCCUUGAUGACAUUCUUCAUGGCAAAAAGAAGGUGGCGCUCAACUUGGGUGUGCGUUUAAGUAUUGCUGUCGAAUCAGCGGAUGCUCUGGUCUAUAUGCACUCAAAAACCAAUGCCAAAAUCAUACAUGGUGAUGUUAAACCUGCAAAUAUACUCUUGGAUGAUAAGUUUGCGCCGAAGAUAUCAGACUUUGGCAUAUCAAGGCUGAUUGCGAGAGACAAAAAACACACCGGAUCUGUCAUUGGUGACAUGAGUUAUAUCGAUCCAGUGUAUCUACAAACAGGCCUACUAACCGAGAAAAGUGAUGUCUACAGUUUUGGUGUUGUCAUACUGGAACUUAUUAGUGGGCAGAAAGCCACACAUUCUGACGGCGGCAGCUUAGUAAACAGUUUCCUUGAAGCUGGGAAGAAAGAGAAGAAAGUGACAGAGUUGUUUGACAAGGAAAUUGUAGCCGAAGGAGAUUUGGAGAUUCUUGAUAGUUUGGCAGCGAUCGCUUUGGAAUGCCUUAACCUUGAUGUGGAUCAAAGACCAUUGAUGACAGAGGUAGUAGAGCGCCUUCUCAUAAUGAACCGGUCUCGUAAGUCGUAA